GGUCCCUUGACAAUGGGUCUUGCAUGUGACACUCUUGCCCUCUAGUGCCUCACCAGCUUGGUAGCAGUUUGAUGGCAAAUAUUAAUAAGAUGUUACAUAACAAGGAUUUGGGGCCRGGAUUGGUAUUGCUGCCACUUGUAAAGCCAAAAAUUCUGAGCCGAUGGUAACAGAUGCUGUUUCGGGUUAUUGUAUGUCUAUUGAAACUUUCUCCAACAUUUUGAACUCUUUGAAUUUUAAUUCCAGACUGUAUUUCCUGUGAGUCAUAAUCAAGCAAUACAAAUGUGCUGCAAUGGUGACAUAAACUAUUGACUGAGACUGGGAAAGAACCUGAAACACCAUCUUUUCUUUUCUUUUUUAAAUGGUGCUUCUGUUGGAAGAGUCAAGGAAAACCUAUACAUCAUGAGUUUUAUCAUGAAGCUUCACAGACACUUUCAAAGGACGGUUAUUUUGCUUGCCACUUUUUGUGUGGUGAGCAUUAUUAUUUCUGCUUACUACCUGUACAGUGGCUACAAACAGGAAAAUGAACUCUCUGAAGUGGCUUCAGAAGUGGACUGCGGUGACCUCCAACACCUACCAUAUAGACUAAUGGAAGUGAAGGCAAUGAAGCUUUUUGAUGCCGCAAGGACAGACUCCAUCGUCCUUGUGUUUGUGGAGAGUCAGUACUCAUCCCUUGGUCAAGACAUCAUUAUGAUUCUAGAAUCAAGUAGAUUCCAGUAUCACAUUGAAAUUGCUACCGGAAAAGGAGAUCUCCCAGCACUUACAGACAAAACUAAAGGCAAAUAUGUUCUCAUUAUUUAUGAGAAUAUUUUAAAAUACAUAAACAUGGACUCUUGGAAUCGAAGCCUUUUAGAUAAAUACUGUGUAGAGUAUGGUGUGGGUGUCAUUGGAUUCCACAGAACUAGUGAGAAGAGUCUACAGAGCUUUCAGUUAAAAGGCUUCCCCUUUUCUAUAUAUGGAAACCUGGCAGUAAAAGACUGUUGUAUUAAUCCUCAUUCUCCUUUGCUCCGUGUGACCAAAUCAUCAAAGCUUGAAAGGGGUUCUUUACCUGGGACUGACUGGACGGUUUUUCAAAUUAAUCACUCAACCUACCAACCAGUAAUAUUUGCCAAAAUAAAGACCCCGGAAAAUCUUUCUCCUCCAGUCUCUAAAGGUGCUUUUUUUGCCACUAUCAUACACGACUUGGGUGUUCACGAUGGAAUUCAGAGAGUUCUUUUUGGCAACAACUUGAACUUUUGGCUGCACAAGCUCAUUUUCAUAGAUGCCAUCUCCUUCUUGUCAGGGAAGAAGCUGGAACUGUCCUUGGAUAGAUAUAUUCUCGUUGACAUUGAUGAUAUAUUUGUGGGAAAGGAGGGAACCCGAAUGAACACCAAUGAUGUUAAGGCCCUGCUUGAGACUCAGAAUCUUUUGCGGGAACAAAUCAGAAAUUUUACAUUCAACUUGGGAUUUUCAGGAAAAUUUUACCACACAGGAACUGAAGAGGAAGAUGAAGGGGAUGACUGUCUUUUGGGGUCUGUUGAUGAGUUCUGGUGGUUUCCUCAUAUGUGGAGUCAUAUGCAGCCCCAUCUCUUCCAUAAUGAGUCAUCUUUGGUGGAGCAGAUGAUUCUCAACAAAAAAUUUGCCUUGGAGCAUGGCAUUCCUACUGACAUGGGCUAUGCAGUGGCUCCUCAUCAUUCAGGUGUCUACCCUGUACAUGUACAGCUUUAUGAAGCCUGGAAGAAGGUUUGGAAUAUUAAAAUCACCAGCACUGAAGAAUAUCCACAUCUGAAACCAGCUAGAUAUCGGAGGGGCUUCAUCCACAAAAACAUCAUGGUUCUUCCAAGACAGACCUGUGGACUUUUCACUCAUACGAUUUUCUACAAAGAAUAUCCUGGAGGUCCUAGAGAGCUGGAUAAGAGUAUCCAAGGAGGUGAACUUUUCUUCACUGUGGUACUCAACCCAAUCAGUAUUUUCAUGACUCAUUUGUCUAACUAUGGGAAUGACCGACUGGGAUUAUAUACAUUUGUUAAUCUGGCCAACUUCAUGCAGACCUGGACCAACCUGCGUCUUCAGACUCUGCCACCAGUGCAACUGGCUCACAAGUAUUUUGAACUCUUCCCUGAUCAGAAAGACCCUCUUUGGCAGAAUCCUUGUGAUGACAAACGCCACAGAGACAUAUGGUCAAAGGAAAAAACCUGUGAUCGCUUACCAAAAUUCUUAGUAAUAGGACCCCAGAAAACUGGUACCACUGCUUUGUUUCUGUUCCUGGUUAUGCAUCCUUCCAUCCUUAGUAACUCCCCCAGCCCAAAAACCUUUGAGGAGGUACAGUUCUUUAAUAGAAAUAACUACCACAGGGGGAUUGAUUGGUAUAUGGAUUUCUUCCCAAUUCCAUCUAAUGUUACUACUGACUUUCUGUUUGAGAAAAGUGCCAAUUAUUUCCACUCAGAAGAAGCUCCUAAAAGAGCUGCUUCCCUAGUCCCCAAAGCCAAGAUCAUCAGCAUUCUCAUUGACCCAUCAGACCGAGCAUACUCCUGGUACCAGCAUCAGCGAUCCCAUGAAGACCCUGCAGCUCUGAAGUUUAGCUUCUACGAAGUCAUCUCAGCCGGGCCCCACGCACCCACGGAGCUUAAAACCUUGCAGAAGAGAUGUUUGGUCCCUGGGUGGUAUGCCAGCCACAUUGAGAGAUGGCUUGUUUAUUUCCCUCCCUUUCAGUUGCUAAUUAUCGAUGGGCAACAACUAAGAACUGAUCCUGCUACAGUAAUGGAUGAAGUACAGAAGUUUCUAGGAGUCUCUCCUCAUUAUAAUUACUCAGAAGCUUUAACGUUUGAUUCUCAUAAAGGUUUCUGGUGUCAGUUGCUGGAAGAAGGUAAAACAAAAUGCCUUGGAAAGAGUAAAGGAAGAAAAUAUCCACCAAUGGAUUCUGAUAGCAGAGCAUUUCUGUCAAGCUACUAUCGAGAUCACAAUGUGGAACUCUCAAAGCUGCUACACAAACUGGGUCAACCUCUCCCAUCUUGGUUGAGACAAGAACUGCAGAAAGUGAGAUAGCAUUGAGAGAAAACUUGUUGAGGAUUCAUCUUUUCCAAAGUUUUCAGAAGCUACCAAAAGAUGAUCAAAAUAUACCUCUUCAAAUAAGAAGAAAGGACAAGGCUCCUUCCAUGUGCUGGCAUGUGGAUUAUUAGAAAAAAAAAAAA